AUGUCCUCACCAAAAAGACGCCAGCCUCCUCCAAUGCAACUCCAACUCCAACCCGACGUCCCCUCCUCUCCCUCAUCCCCAUCUCGCACUCCAGUACCGUACACACCACCUCGACCAGGUCAGAAACCUCUUCUCCUAGCAGAGAAACAUCUCCAACGACCGAAAACAAGACGCUGGGUACCAGCAACUCCCUGGACGCCUAGCACGCCUUCGACCAGCGAGCUCACCACUCCCCCUCUGACGCUGGACAGUCCAUACGGACACGACUACGGGCACGCGCAACAGCCAGCGUACGGUCAAGCCACGUACCCUUUACUGCCAUCGCCUGUCAUCUGUUCACCAGAGAGGACAGAGAGGAGGAUAUCAGAGGAAGACGACCUUCCACCUCUCUCUCACUUGCACACGCACGCGCACUCCAAGGCUCCCUCCUCACCCUCCUCAUCCUGUUCCUCUCGCUCGUCGUCCCCACCCAAUACUCCCAGCUCCGGACGCUCCACCCCAACAUCCGUCUCGACAAAGGAGACUUCCUCGCCUUUUGAGCUCACGCCUAUCCCGCGCUCGCCUAGCUAUCUCGCGUUUGUGCAGCACCAGACUCCCUCUCGCCGCCCAACAGGGGAGUACAUCACCCCUCCCUCCGUCUCCCUGCUGCGCCCAACAACCUUCUGGAAAAACGCCUACCGCACCGCCCUCGGCCUACCCUCCGACGCCCCCUCCUCCCAGCUCGUCCGUUCCUCGAGCUUCAUCGUCGCCGGCCGGCAGCUGGACGACCUCAGCACGCGGGAAGACCUGGGCGUGCUCUGUGUUACCCCCAGGAGGGAGUUUGACAGGGAAGUGGUGUUGUUGCCUCAAGGGGGAUACUGA